AUGCCCCGCCUGCGUCAGCCCAAACGACAUUUCACGGGCACAAGGUUCGUCGCGCGCAAUGAACAAACUCCAUCGUCCGAGCCGCAACCAUCCACCCUCUACACUUUCGCAGACAUGCAAUCUCUCACGUCUCACCCGGCGCCGAACCGCAUCAUCAUCGACGUCCGCGAACCCUCGGAGCUGAAAUCCACGGGCAAGAUCCCCGGCGCCCAGAACCUGCCCAUAAAAUCCGCGGCCGAUGGCUUCUUCCUCGGCCCCGACGAGUUCGAGGAGCGCUUCGGCUGGGAGAAGCCCACGGCGCAGCACGAGGUCAUCUUCUACUGCAAGGCCGGUGUGAGGAGUCGGGCGGCCGCGGGUCUGGCGGCGCAGGCGGCGUUCGGGGGCAAGAUUAGCGAGUUUCCUGGGAGUUGGAUCGAGUGGGCGGAGAAGGGCGGGGAGGUGGAAAAGGUGGAAGAAUAA